UCAAUUUGAAGGAAAUAAAAAGAGCAAGAAGCGGGAAUUACAUUGUUUUUCAACAAAAUCAAUUAAAACAAACAGCCAACCGCAUUGAAGAAAACAUCAAAAGGAGCAAACAAAAACAAACAUUUAAAUAAACAACAAUUUCGGCAUCGUGCACAACCAUUAAAACAGAAAAGAGGCGAUAGCACCAUGAAGAAAGUCCAAACGGAACACAGACCAUUUUGCAAACCACAAAGACGUCAAAAAAUCAUCAAUCGCCCAAACCAAGAGACUCUUUGCCACAAAGAGCGUAAAGGCUUUGUGGCUGGGCAAAUGAAGCCGCGACCAUUGGUCGAUUGUCCAUUUUACGACUUGAAAUACAAAUUCGAUGAGCUGCCUUUGGACCCGCUCAAAGAGUUCAUUGUGGAGAAGAUUUCUCACAUGCAAUCGGAUGUUAUCACUGGACGCUGUAACAAGGAAUUGGAAUUCCAUUCCUAUGAAAUGGACAAGGUACUGACGAAAUCUGAAUAUUCUGCAGGCACAGAGGACAGCCUGCAGAGUGUACAACUUGAGGAUAUUGUGAUGCCAGAGAAAUUUGAAAUGCUACGCGAUAGAAAUGUACAUUUCUUUGGUUUUACAGCUUGCGAAGAUGCAUAUCCAUGGCUUAACAAAAUGAGUGAUAUGCCCACAGAAGAUGCGGUCUUUGAAGUAACAAACCGUUUACUGGAUGUAUAUUGCUCACAUCGGGUGAGAAUUUUUUAUUUUGAUUGUCGCACCCGUUCAGCGUUAUUCACCAAUGAAUUGAGAUAUUUGUAUGGUAGCCCAUCGGAUAUUAUAGGUUGUUAUAGUAACCCAAGUGCCAAAAAUUUACGUUUACCAGCUCUAAAACCACCUUCAAAGCCUGCUAAAUUUAAAGCAGGCGAUCAUUACGCAUUAAGGACGCCAGAAGAAUGUCGGAAUGAAUUGGCUCGUAUGGGGCAAGUUAUAGAUGCUCUAAUUGAACCCACCUUGAAACGGGCCAGAGAAGGCAUAAAACGUCAAGCAUCACUGCCAGCAGAAACGGUAUAUGGUCAGACACGAAAAAAAGUUAAUGUCAUAAAGAUACAUAGCAAGUAUGGCAGCAAUACAUCACAGAGUGCAACGGCUAAGAAAAGGCUGAAACGAGGUGACAGCAGAUCUCACAUCAAAGGAAAGGACUUUUGCUCCCGGGAGGAAUUUUUAAGAUUUCUUAAGAAAUUGGAUCAGGAGAAAUUCAAAUACUUGGAAGGUUAUAUGCCCGUUGACCCUGAGGAGCAGAAGUCUCGUAUCAUGCAUAGAUAUCAAAAAAGGUUAAAAGAAGCAGAAGAAGCGUUUACAUCAAAAGUCGAGAGGCGAUAUAAAUGCCUAAUGAAACAUCUCUCUGUGCUGAGUUUGGCAACAUAUCCCUCAAAAUUAAUUAAAAAAGUUUUGCCCAAAAUCAAUUGCAAAAUUACAUUUCUCCAGGAUGCAUACAAGUUCAUACAGAGGGAAGAGAAAUUGUGGCCAAGAAUAUUUCCCGAAGUUAUGCUAAUGGAUUAUCUUUUUACCAGUGAACGACAGAUACCAACAGAUGUGGCCGUCUUAAUUAUCUCCUGUCUUAUAGAUCUUCAAGAGGACUUUCGUUAUUAUGUGAAACGUGCAUUUCUUAGAUAUUUGCUAAAAUCACCGUUGGAACGUAAACGUCUGCAAUUGGUGGCGGAGCCGCCGGAGUUUCCCAUAAUGACCAUUAGGGCACCGGUGCCUUGGAAGGUUUAUGUGCAAUUAGCACGAAAUCAUUUGGAUCAAGUACUAAUGACUACACAUCCCAUUAUAAGAGCUCUCAAUUUGCUCUGGCAUCAAUUAUACAAUGAUUUAGUUAUUGUCGAUGUUUCCCAGAUAGUUUUACGUGAUGUGCCCAUGAAUGCCGACGAGUUAAUAAAAUUUGUCCAAGAAAGUUGUGAUAUCGUGCGAGAUCUACUACUUAACGAUUGGAUUCCACGCUGUGCCGAUAUGAUGGAUGUAAUGCGUAAAACUUGGAAGGACUUAAUACCAAUGCGUGGCUCUCACGGUGGUCGUGCUACUGUCCUAUUCCGUUGCGUUCACGCCUUGAUGUCACAUCACUUGGAAGGCCUGAUAACAAGGAGUUUAACGUAUUUAUAUAAAACUUUAUGUGAUUAUAUGGCUGGCAACGACAUUGAGAAGUAUAACGUGUUCGAUGCAAAACUUAAACGUAGACCUUUGAUGACAUUGAUUGUAUCGGUUAUUGGAGCUCAUUUUGAUAAUCCCGAGAGAGUGGAUUUUCCACCUAAACAUAAGACACCACAAAUAUACGAAGAGGAGGAGGGUGAUGCUAGUCCUUUCCCUGGUCAAUCAAGUGUGACAGCAAUGAAGCAGCCGCCUGCCGUUGAUGUUGACUAUGUUGCUGAUUUCCUGUCCAAACAUUGGGGAAAAUUCCAUGCAUUUCCUUAUAUAAGAAGUUUGCCACAACUUUUUAUUGAUAUUUUUAAACGCAUACUGAAAGUGGGCUAUGAGUUGCCGCGUUUGGAAUAUGUCAUGUCGAGAGAUCCCCAUACUUUUGGCUAUUUACAUUGCAUCAACGAGAGCCAUCCGGAUAUGUUGGUCCUUUAUGAGAAAAUAACUUUCAUUGUGGAAAAUAAUCGAAGAGGUCCUAUGGUCUACCUUCUGCCCAUCUACAAGUAUUACUAUGCCCUUUUGGCAAACAAAAUACAGCCAAUUGUCGAAAAGAUUUUCACACAAAGUAUUCUCCCGGAUUUAGUGUCAAUUGAAAAUGUUAUGAAAAGGCUGCGCUCCAUUAUUGAGGAAACGUAUGUGUUACGUGAUUUCGUUCCACUGAAUCUCUUUAUGUUGGAUAAUCGUCAUGUUAAGCAAUCGAUUGUGAUGUUGGUACAGCAAAUUUAUGAUUUUAUCAUUGACUUUUAUAUGGCGGUAAAUCUCAAUGAAAAUCGUGCGAUAUGUGAUGCUCUGGAGGAAAUGUCUAUGAAGGCAGGUGAACGCCCUGAGGAAACAGCUGAAGUUGUUGCCUUGCAAAAUUAUCUAGCAGAAUGCAGAGAUGAGCGCAUAUUUGCCAUAAAGGAUGAAAUCAAAAUUGUUGCCAAACGUGUUGUAUUCUUGCUAACACACACUCAACUUACAAGUGAACAAAUCCAUUUGAACACAAGGACAUUUGUGCUACCCUCUGAGCUGGAAGAAGUUCUUGACUUAAGUGCUGCGCGUCUCAAUGUGGUGCGUGAUAAUUUGGAAUUUGCUCUACGCGAAAAUCGCAUAAAAUUUGAGCAAUUAAUUUUGCAUGAGAAACGUCGCAUGGAUGCCUUUCGUGUCAAAGAAACACGUGAUGUUCUUACAUUGGAUGAGCUUAAGGAACGUGUCGAUACCGUCGAUGAGUUAUUCGAUCUUCUGGAGAAACUGAGUCGUGAGGCCAAAGCAAUUAAUGUCGAGGAACAAUUGUUGCAAAUUGAUAUUUCGCCAUUCGCAACGCUGGCGGAAAUCGUGGAAAAAAUGGAGCCCAUCGAGAAGCUAUGGAAAACGGCAUAUGAAUUCGAAAAGAAUCAUUUGAUAUGGAUGUACGAAAGAUUUCAGUGCUUAAAUGCGGAUGCCAUAGCUGAGGAAAUAGAGAACAUGUACCGGAUUGUCUAUAAAUUGUCACGUCAACUAUCUUAUAAUCCAGUUGCCAAACGAGCUGCCGAACAGGUGCGGGUUAAAAUUGAGAAAUUUCGAGUCUAUUUACCCGUACUCGAUGCCAUCUGCCGUCAAGGCCUGGAGGAGCGUCAUUGGGAGAUGAUUUCGGAACAUUUGGGCAAAGAAUGCAAUCCCACAUUGUAUCCCAGCCUUAAGGAUAUGAUUGAUGCUGGCAUUAUGACCAUCUUGCCACAAUUGGAGGAGAUUUCAAUUGCUGCAGGCAAGGAAUACGACUUGAAUCAAUUGCUCGACAACAUGAAAAGUGAUUGGAAGAAUGUCUGCUUUGAUAUUUUGCAAUAUCGUGAUUCGGACACUCACAUCUUGGCCUCGUUGGAUGACAUACAAACCCUGCUGGAUGACCAUUUGAUGCGAACCCAGGCUAUGAAAAGAUCUCCCUAUAUUGUGGCCUUAGGCUCGAAAGCUGAUGAUUGGGAAAAUCGUUUGGCCCUCAUACAAAAUAUAAUGGACACCUGGACUGAGGUGCAAGUAACAUGGAUGUAUUUGGAGCCCAUCUUCUGUUCGGAAGAUAUUAUGCGGCAAAUGCCUUUGGAGGGACGCAGCUUCAAGGCAGUCGAUAAAAUAUGGCGACGCAUUAUGCAGCAUACAUUGGAGGAUUUGCAUGUCAUGGCAGCCACUGAAUAUCCCGAUAUGUUGACUAUUUUCAAAAAGGCUGUGGAAGAUUUGGAAACAGUGCAGAAGGGCUUAAACACUUACUUGGAGCAGAAACGUUUAUUCUUUGCUCGUUUCUUUUUUCUAUCGAAUGAUGAGCUGCUAGAGAUCCUGUCGGAAACUAAGGAUCCUUUGCGUGUACAGCCGCAUUUAAAGAAAUGUUUUGAGGGGAUAUCACAACUUACAUUCGAUGAUAAUUUAGAAAUAACCGAAAUGAUAUCUGAUGAGGACGAAAAAGUGGCUCUGGUGCGGAAAAUUAACCCACAAUCUGCAAAUGGUCUAGUGGAAGCCUGGCUGAAGGAAGUUGAAAUCACAAUGCUCGACAGUGUGAGGGAACAACUGAAAUAUGCUUGGGAUGAUUAUUAUGUUGCUGAUCGCAUCCGCUGGGUUGUCUCAUGGCCAGGGCAGGUUGUACAAACGAUAUCCUGUAUGGCUUGGACAUACGAGGUAGAGGAAGCCAUAGAAAUGUCAACACUUCCGGCUUAUAUGGACAAAUGCAAUGCACAAAUUGGAGAUUUAGUUAAUUUGGUAAGAACGGACUUGGGCACGGGCACAAGGCUAACCAUUGAGGCGCUUAUAGUCCUCGACGUUCAUGAUCGUGAUGUUGUAAAAUAUCUGCUAGAUGUCGAAGUCUCUUCUCUGCUAAGCUUUGAUUGGCUAUCCCAAUUGAGAUACUAUUGGAAGGUUACCGAAAAACGCGAAGAGUGGGUGUGUGUCAGCAUGGUGGUCACCGAUGUCAAAUAUGGCAUGGAGUAUUUGGGCAAUACCACCCGUUUGGUAGUCACUCCCCUUACGGAUCGUUGUUACAGAACAUUGAUGGGAGCUUUAAAAUUAUGCCUGGGCGGUGCACCGGAAGGACCAGCUGGCACGGGAAAGACAGAAACCUGCAAGGACUUGGCCAAAGCUGUUGCCAAGAAAUGUGUCGUUUUCAAUUGUUCCGAUGGCUUAGAUUACAAGGCAUUGGGUAAAUUCUUUAAGGGUUUAGCACAAUCUGGCGCUUGGGCAUGUUUCGAUGAAUUCAAUCGUAUCGAAUUGGAGGUAUUGUCUGUAGUUGCUCAACAGAUAUUAACGAUACAACGAGCCAUUGGCAGAAAAGUGGUGCGUUUCUUCUUUGAGGAUACAAUGCUGCGUUUGGAUCCAACGUGUACAAUAUUUAUUACCAUGAAUCCUGGCUAUGCAGGUCGAACAGAGUUGCCAGAUAACUUAAAAGUUUUGUUCCGCACAGUGGCCAUGAUGGUACCGGACUAUGCAAUGAUUGGUGAAAUAACGUUGUACUCGAAUGGUUUCAAUGAGGCGCGCCAGUUGGCACAGAAAAUUGUGCUGGCUUAUAAACUAUGCUCGGAGCAGCUAUCAUCACAAUCUCAUUAUGAUUAUGGUAUGCGAGCUGUAAAGUCUGUUUUGUUGGCAUCGGCAUCGUUGCGCCGCAUGUAUCCGGAUUUGCCAGAGGCACAAAUUGUUUUACGCGCCAUUGUUGAUGUAAAUUUGCCAAAAUUCCUGGAACAGGAUGUUUCGUUAUUUGUUGGCAUCUACACGGAUCUCUUUCCCGGCACUGAAUUGCCAAUGCCAUCUCGUGAAGACUUAAUGAAGUGGUUACUCCAGACCCUGAAUGAGAGAAAUCUGCAGGCCACACCAUGGUUUGUGGAGAAAAUUUUACAAAUUUAUGAAAUGCUGCUGGUAAGGCAUGGUCUUAUGGUUGUUGGAGGACCUAUGGCAGGGAAAACAACAGCCUGGCAGGUGCUAGCUCAUUGUUUACGUUGUAUAUCCACGGACGAGAGUGCCACCCUAGUAGAAUAUCCCACAAAUUAUCGCAUUAUCAACCCGAAGGCCAUCACAAUGGGUCAGCUAUAUGGCAGAUUUGAUCCUAUUUCACACGAAUGGAGCGAUGGUGUGCUAGCCAAAACAUUUCGAGAAUUUGCCACAGGUUCUCCCACAGAGAGAUAUUGGAUAUUCUUUGAUGGUCCCGUCGAUGCAGUGUGGAUUGAAAAUCUAAAUACCGUCUUGGAUGAUAAUAAGAAAUUGUGUCUUAUGUCGGGCGAAAUUAUCACCAUGUCCAAGCUCAUGAAUAUGAUGUUUGAACCCUCCGAUCUGGAACAGGCCUCACCGGCCACAGUUUCGCGAUGUGGCAUGAUUUAUAUGGAGCCAAAGCAAUUGGGUUGGCAAGCCUUGCAUAAAAGUUUCCUUAAAGUCUUGGUGGAGAAGGCAAGCCUGAAUGACAUCUACAUGGCAUUGUAUGAGGAGUUGGUCGAAUGGCUAAUGCCAGCUGCUUUGGAAAUAUUGGUCGAAUGUAACAAAAUGUUGGAAGUUUCACCGAUUUAUCAAUACCAGAUGUUUUCUCGUUUCUUUUUGCAUUUCUUGGAAAAGCAUAAAACCUACAAUCAGGUUUGGUUUCAACAAAUGUUUCUAUUUUGUUUUGCCUGGGCCUAUGGAUCACAUUUACAAGUUAAGGGCAUUAAAAAAUUCGACAGUUUGAUACGCAAAGUUCUCUAUGGAUCCAAUGAGGCUUAUCCCAAACCAAAAUAUUUCUCACUCAAUCGUGGUCAAAUGUUUCCCGAAAAACACACCCUAAUGGAUUAUCGUUUUGAUGAACAGGAAAACUGGUGGACUUGGCAAAAAUCUGGAGAAGAUGCUGCAGCCGCCCUCUUAGCAUUUCCCGAAGAUGCACAGAUCAGUGAACUAAUAGUACCCACCAAUGAAUCAGGUUACUUGGCCUAUUGGCAAGAUUUGUGUCUGAGUGCCUCGUACCCCAUGCUGGUCAUUGGGCCAACUGGCACCGGAAAAAGUGCAAUUUUAACCAAUAAUUUGAUGGCAAUGCCAAAACAGGCAAAUAUGAUUAAUAUCAUAAACUUUUCGGCCAGAACUUCGGCACAAUUGGUACAGGACACGGUCAUGGCCAAAUUGGAUCGAAGACGAAAGGGGGUUUAUGGUCCACCAGUGGGCAAAAAGUGUAUUGUGUUCUGCGAUGAUGUCGGCAUGCCCAGCAAGGAUACUUAUGGCUCUCAACCUCCUCUUGAACUGAUACGUCAAUGGCAGGAUCAUGGUUAUUGGUCAGAUUUAACGGAUACAACAAAGAUUGAAUUGGUAGAUAUGGGCUUUAUCGCAGCAAUGGGUAUGCCAGGCGGCAGUAAUUUCAUAUUUCCUCGUUUCUAUCGUCACACAUUUGUCGUGGGAGUUGAUUCAUUUGAGGAUGCAACCAUAAUCAAGAUAUUUUCAACUAUCGGUGAAUGGCAUUUUGCCAAAGGUUUUCCCGAUAAGGUGGCUUUGCUCUCGCGGGGCCUGGCAGAGGCAAUGGUCAGUGUUUAUCGCUCAGCCAUGAGGAUAUUUUUACCAACUCCUGCCAAAUCGCAUUACACUUUUUCGCUACGUGAUAUCACUCGCGUUUUCCAGGGAGUUGUGCUGGUGCCAGCAAAGCGUUUACCCGAUCCAGAAAAACUCGGCCGUCUAUGGGCACAUGAAACAUAUCGGGUUUUUUAUGACCGCUUAAUCGAUCAAAGCGAUCGCGAUCAGUUACUGGAAAUGCUGCUAACUGCAUGCAAAUCAAACUUACGCUUUUCCCUUGAGGCAGCUUUUCGUGAUCGCAUGGAAAAUCCAGGUGGCAAACUAAGCGAUAAUGAUUUACGCAACCUGUUCUUUGGCAAUUAUCUGGAGCCAGAUGCUGAGCCUAAAAUCUAUGAUGAAUGUGAGAACUACAAUAAAUUGGAAAAACUAAUGCAUUACUAUUUACGUGACUACAAUGGAUGCUCCAGCAGUCCCAUGGAUCUGGUGCUAUUCCGUUUUGCCAUUGAGCACAUAUCAAGGGUUUCACGCGUCCUACAAAUGCCGCGCGGUAGCAUUUUAAUGGUGGGCCUGGGUGGUUCGGGGCGUCGCAGCUCUUGCCGUUUGGCUGCUCACAUCGCUGAUUGCAGGUUGAUGACGGUGCAGGUGACAAAAACGUAUACGCAACAGGAAUGGCGAGAUGAUCUAAAAAAGAUAUUGAUGUCAUCCGGUUUCAAUAUGAAUCAUACUGUCUUCCUUUUUUCCGAUUCACAGGCAACCGAUGAAGGAUAUAUCGAAGAUAUAAAUGGCAUAUUAAAUUGUGGUGAUUUGCCCAAUCUCUAUCAGAUGGAAGACAAGGCGACCAUUAUGGAGAACAUGACGAAUCUGGCCAAACAACUGGCUAAAAAUAUCGAGCCGAUUCCAAGUGAAAUGCAUGCCUUUUAUAUUGAACGAGUACGUGAGCAAUUACACGUGGCAUUGGCAUUCUCGCCCAUUGGCGAAUCAUUUAAGGAACGCAUUCGAAUGUAUCCAUCAUUGAUAAACUGUUGCACGAUUGAUUGGUAUAUGCCAUGGCCGGUAGACGCUUUGGAACGUGUUGCGGAAUAUUUUAUUAGCUCCAUGAAAUUGGGUCAGUCGCACGAUACAGAUGAUGCGGAUGCCAAUAAGUCAGUCGAAUCAAUCGAGUCCAAGGAGAGUUCAAAAAAAAGUUUAGAGGAUGUUCAAGAGAUUGUACUGAGUGACUUGGAAAAGGAAUUGGUAAAAUGUGUAAUGCAUUUCAAUCAAUCUGUUAUUGAUGCAAGUGAAAAAUGUUUCAAUGAAUUGGGUAGAAGAAAUUAUGUCACGCCCUCAUCCUAUUUGGAAAUGCUAAAGGCGUUUAAGGCAUUCUACAUUAGAAAGCUUGACGAGAUAACCCGAUUAAGGGACAGAUAUACCAUUGGUUUGGAGAAGCUAGAUUUUGCUGCCGGUCAAGUGGGUGAAAUGCAGUCAAAUCUCUAUGAAUUGCAACCCAAGCUAAAAAUCCUGUCAGAGGAAACGGAGAAAAUUAUGGUGAACAUCGAACGUGAAACAGCGGAAGCUGAAAAAAAGAAAGAAGUUGUGGGUGCCGAUGAGGCGGCAGCCAAUGAGGCUGCUGCAGCUGCCCAGGCCAUUAAAGAUGAUUGUGAGAGUGAUUUGGCCGAAGCUACACCGGCCCUGGAGGCUGCCUUAGAUGCCUUGAACACUUUGAAGCCGGCCGAUAUAUUUGUGGUGAAAUCGAUGAAAAAUCCUCCCUAUGGCGUAAAAUUAGUACUGGAGGCGGUAUGUGUAUUGAAGGGCAUCAAACCAGAUCGCAAGCCUGAUGCAACGGGCAGAAUAGUCGAAGACUAUUGGGGUGCAUCGUUGCGUAUGGUUAGUGAUAUGAAAUUUUUGGAAUCACUAAAAUCCUUUGAUAAGGAUAAUAUACCACCGCCCAUUAUCAAGAGGAUAAGAGAAAAAUACGUUGCCGACCGAGAUUUUGUUCCCGAAAAAAUCAAAUCUGCCUCCACAGCUUGUGAGGGCAUUUGUCAUUGGGUUCGAGCCAUGGAUGUCUAUGAUAAAGUUGCUCGCAUUGUUAUGCCCAAAAAGGCCGCCUUGGCUGAGGCAGAGAAUGAGUUGGCUUCCCAGAUGGAAAAGUUAAAUGCCAAGCGAGCCGAAUUGCAAGUUAUUUUGGAUAAAUUACAAAAACUUAACGAUUUCUUUGCCGAGAAAUCACGUCAGAAGAAAGGAUUGGAGGAUGAAAUUGACAAUUGUGAAAAAAAAUUGAAUAGAGCUGAGAAGCUGCUUGGUGGUCUGGGUGGAGAAAAAACACGUUGGUCUGAAACUGCUCAAAAUUUGCAUCGGUCCAUUAGCAAUAUUGUGGGCGAUGUUUUGUUAGCAGGCGGUUGUACUGCAUAUUUAGGAUUUUUUCCCACCGAGUAUCGCGUACGUAUCCUUGAGGAAUGGAAUGAUGUCUGCCUACAGCGUAAAAUACCUUGUUCGGAGAAGUUCUCAUUAGCCAACACUUUGGGUAAUCCGAUGCAAAUAAGAGCCUGGUCAUUAGCCGGCUUACCGGCGGAUAACUUUUCCGUUGAGAAUGCAAUCAUUGUGGCGAAUUCCAAUCGUUAUUCGCUGUUAAUAGAUCCGCAAGUACAAGCCAACAAAUGGAUUAAAAAUAUGGAAAAGAACAACGGUCUUAAGGUGAUUAAACAAAGCGAUGGCAAUUACAUGCAAGUCCUUGAGCUGGCCAUUACUUAUGGCAAUCCUGUAUUGAUUGAAAAUGUCGGUGAACGCUUGGAUUCAAAUCUAACGCCAAUAUUAGAGAAGAAUGUAAUUAAGCAUAAAGGCGGCUAUUUCAUCAAAAGCGGUGACCAGAUGAUUGAAUAUAACAGCAAUUUUCGUUUGUACAUAACGACAUGCCUGCGAAAUCCCCAUUAUCCACCCGAAAUUAUGGUUAUGGUAACACUUAUAAAUUUCAUGAUCACGGAACAGGGCUUACGUGAACAAUUGCUGGCCACUGUUGUCGCUCAUGAACGUCCCGACUUGCAGGAGAAGAAGGAGCAAUUGAUUAUCGAAUCGGCAAAAAAUCGCGAUGCUUUAUUUACCAUUGAAACAAAGAUUUUGGAGGUACUCUCGACAUCCGAGGGCAAUGUAUUGGAAGAUGAAAAUGCCAUUAACAUUCUGUCAUCCAGCAAAGUUUUAUCGGAGCAAAUACAGGAGAAGCAAGUCAUUGCGGUGGCUACCGAGGCGGAAAUCGAUGAGGCACGCCAACGUUACAUCCCAGUGGCCAAACACUCGGCCAUAUUAUUCUUCUGCAUCAGUGAAUUGGCAAAUAUUGAACCAAUGUAUCAAUACUCCUUGGGCUGGUUUUUGAAUCUCUUCGUCAAUGCAAUAUUGAAGGCGCCCAAGUCAGCAGAGCUGGUUGAGCGUUUGGAGCAUUUGAAUAAUUAUUUUACCAAGUCCAUAUAUCAGAAUGUCUGUCGUUCGCUGUUCGAAAAAGAUAAAUUGGUCAUAUCGCUGGUUAUGUGUUUGGGCAUCAUGGUGGCCCGGGGUAAAAUAAAUAAAUCCCAUUUGCUGUUCUUUCUAACGGGAGGCGUUGGAUUGCAAAGUAUUCCACCUAAUCCAGCAUCAUCAUGGCUUCCGGAAAAGGCUUGGUUUCAAAUCGUACUGGCCAGUAACUUGGAAGGUUUGGCAGAAUUCUACAAAAACUUUCAAUCUGAUAUCGAUGCAUGGAAAACAUAUUAUGAUUUGUCAUCGCCCGAGGAAGCCAAAUAUCCACCACCCUAUGAAAAUAUUGAUGAAAUGCUGAGCUUAAUCAUAUUGAAAUGCUUGAGACCGGAUAAAGUUGUGCCGGCAGUUAGGGCUUUCAUUACACGCAACAUGGAUAGUUCGUUUGUGGAGCCGCCUCCCUUUGACUUGAAUGAAUCGUUUGCUGACAGCUCACCCAGGAUACCUUUGGUGUUUCUGUUGUCCCCAGGCUCGGAUCCCAUGGCCAGUCUUUUUAUGUAUGCCAAGCAGCGGAAUAUGUACGACAAAACUAAAAGCAUUUCGUUGGGUCAAGGACAGGGGCCACGUGCCGAAAAGAUGAUUAUCGAAGCCAAUCGCCAUGGACACUGGGUGGUUUUGCAAAAUUGUCACGUCGCUGUAAGCUGGAUGGGCGAAUUGGAGCGCAUUUGCAAUGACAGCACACUGGCCGAGUCGGCUCAUCCGGAUUAUCGCCUAUGGUGUACCUCGUACCCCAGCUCGGUAUUUCCCGUUUCCGUGCUACAGAAUUCCGUAAAGAUGACAAACGAGCCGCCCAAGGGUCUGAAAGCCAAUAUGCAGAGAUCAUUUAAUUCUGAUCCGUUGGUUCGCGAUAAAUUCUUUAGCAAUGCAUUUGUCCACUACGAGGCAGCCAAUAAAAGCUGGCUGCGGGGCGUAUUUGCUUUGGUCUUCUUUCAUGCCGUCGUUCAGGAACGCCGAGAAUUUGGACCACUGGGCUGGAACAUACCAUAUGAGUUCAGCGAAGCAGACUUAAAGAUUUCAUUGCUACAGUUGAAAAUGUUUAUGGCCCAAAGCCAUAACAUACCAUUCCGUGGCCAUGUCUAUCUCACUGGCGAGUGUAACUAUGGUGGUCGUGUUACAGAUGACAAGGAUCGUCGCUUAAUCUUAUCAUUAUUGAACAUGAUCUAUAAUCCCGAUGCUAUUGAGGUUGACAACUAUGCUCUAUCACAGUCUGGUACCUAUAGAGUACCAUUGAAUCCUACACGUGUCAAUGCCUUGGAAUACAUCAUGGAUUUUCCUUUAAGUCCCCAUCCAGAGGUUUAUGGUUUACACGAGAAUGCCGACAUAAAUCGCAAUAAUAAAGAAACAAAUAGUUUAAUACAGGGAGUGUUGAAGACCCAGACGGAUUUGAUGGCCUCGGUGAAAUCUAGUGGUACUGGUGGUGAUGGGGUUCAAGUUGAUCCUGCUUUUCAGAUAUGUAGGGAUAUUUUGACACGUUUACCUAUUGCUUUUAAUUUAGAAGAAGCCAGCGCUAAAUAUCCUGUGGUCUAUACAAAUUCCAUGAAUACAGUGUUGAGACAGGAGUUGAUAAGAUUUAAUCGUCUGCUGGAAGCUAUACGUACAAGUCUAAUAAAUGUCCAAAAGGCCAUACAAGGACAAAUAGCCAUGAUCCCAGAAUUGGAGAGAACUCAUCGUUCCAUGGUUAUUGGGAAAUUGCCUGAUGAUUGGCUCAAAAAAAGUUAUCCUUCAUUGAAGCCAUUGGGAGGCUAUAUCAAUGAUUUUCUUGCAAGAUUGGAAUUCUUUCAACGAUGGAUUGAGAAGGGCGAACCCAUAGUCUAUUGGCUGUCCGGAUUUUAUUUCACCCAAUCUUUUAUGACUGGUGUACUGCAAAACUAUUCAAGAAAGAAUCGCUUCCAGAUUGAUAUGGUGAAAAUUGAUUUCGAAGUGACGCAAUACGAAAUGGAAGCUGAUAAGGAGCCACAACUUGGGGCAUAUAUACGGGGUUUAUUUCUUGAGGGUUGCCGCUGGGACCGCAACAAAUGCGCUAUUGAAGAAUCAUUUGCGAAAAUUCUCUUUGAUACCUUACCUGUUAUUUGUAUUAUGCCCACCAUUGAAGCUGAAGGUCAGCCUCCAAAGGAUGUCAGUGCCAAUAGAGAUGACAAACAAAUUUACGAGUGUCCUGUUUAUAAGACAAGUGAAAGGCGUGGCACUUUAUCAACAACUGGACAUUCGACAAAUUUCGUUAUGUACAUGAAUUUGCCAUGUACCAACAACCAAAUUCAUUGGAUUAAUCGGGGUGCUGCUUCUUUGUGUCAAUUGGAUGAUUAGCUUUAAGAAACAAACCAAGCUGACAAGGCUGAUAUAUAUUGGUUUGACUUUUAUGCAAUUCGGUUUGGUUUUUAUACGUAUAUGUAUAUAUUUGUAUCAUAUAUUUUGCUUUUUGUAUAAAACAAUAAAAUAUAUUUUUUGUUAAAAAUUUGAAAAU